ACUGCUGGGUUGUCGGAGGCGGAUGUGGGAUGGUGCUAACAAAGCGCGUAGCCGGGGCCUGGCCAUAGUGGGUGCUGACAAACCGCUUACUGCCAGCAGGGACCGAGCUCCUGGCCGAGGGAGGAGGGCCGAGCAGGGAUUCAGAUUCUUCCGGGCCGAUCCCUUUCUCAGCUCCUUCCGCCCUGCCGCCGCCCACUGCGUGCUGCCUUCGCCCGUCCCCUCCUCCCCCGCUCCUUCCCCUCCUUCCCCUGCUCCCGCGCCGCCUCGCGUCUCCCGCCCGCUGUAGCCGGCGAGGAGCGCCGCACGUUGGCCCCGGCGCGAGGAGCUCCCGGGUUCCCGGGCGGGCACUGGAGUAAGGACCUGCCAGCGCAUCCCGAGGCGGGGCACGGCGGAAGGCGCGGCGAGAGCGGGGUCCCUGCGAGCGCAGUCCGCAGGGCGUCCAGGAGAAGGGGGACGCCGUCCCCGCCCCUGCACGGUGCUCGGCCCCCUCGAGCUCCGCGCGCGGCUACAACCCGGACUGGGCGCGCCCCCGGCAUCCCGUAUCUCUGCGCGCGUCCCACAUCCCGCAUCCGGCAUCCCAGCGGCCGGGCAUGUAGCAGCGGCAGCAACGGCGGAAUAUGGGCGGGAACCACUCCCACAAGCCCCCCGUGUUUGACGAGAAUGAGGAAGUCAACUUUGACCAUUUUCAGAUUCUGCGGGCCAUUGGUAAAGGGAGUUUUGGAAAGGUAUGCAUCGUGCAGAAGCGAGACACUAAGAAAAUGUAUGCAAUGAAGUACAUGAACAAGCAGAAGUGCAUCGAGAGGGAUGAGGUUCGGAAUGUCUUCCGGGAGCUGCAGAUCAUGCAAGGGCUGGAGCACCCCUUCCUGGUCAAUCUGUGGUACUCCUUCCAAGAUGAGGAGGACAUGUUCAUGGUGGUGGACCUGCUCCUGGGAGGCGACCUGCGCUACCAUCUGCAGCAGAAUGUGCAUUUCACAGAGGGGACUGUGAAACUCUACAUCUGUGAGCUGGCACUGGCCCUGGAGUAUCUUCAGAGGUACCACAUCAUCCACAGAGACAUCAAGCCAGACAAUAUCCUGCUGGAUGAACAUGCUCCAGAAGUAUUCCAGGUGUACAUGGACGGAGGCCCCGGAUACUCGUACCCUGUCGACUGGUGGUCCCUGGGCAUCACAGCCUAUGAGCUGCUGCGGGGCUGGAGGCCGUACGAAAUCCACUCGGCCACGCCCAUCGAUGAAAUCCUCAACAUGUUCAAGGUGGAGCGUGUCCACUACUCCUCCACGUGGUGCAAGGGGAUGGUGGCCCUGCUGAGGAAGCUCCUGACCAAGGAUCCUGAGAGCCGCCUGUCCAGCCUUCAUGACAUACAGAGCGUGCCCUACUUGGCCGACAUGAACUGGGACGCGGUGUUCGAGAAGGCACUGAUGCCCGGCUUUGUGCCCAAUAAAGGGAGGUUGAAUUGCGAUCCCACAUUUGAGCUUGAAGAGAUGAUUCUAGAGUCCAAGCCACUUCACAAAAAGAAGAAGCGCUUGGCAAAGAACAGAUCCAGGGAUGGCACGAAGGACAGCUGCCCGCUGAAUGGACACCUGCAGCAGUGUUUGGAGACUGUCCGGAAGGAAUUCAUCAUAUUCAACAGAGAGAAGCUCAGGAGGCAGCAGGGACAGGGCAGCCAGCUCUUGGACACCGACAGCCGAGGGGGAGGCCAGGCCCAAAGCAAGCUCCAGGACGGGUGCAACAACAACCUCCUCACCCACACCUGCACCCGUGGCUGCAGCAGCUAAGCCCACACUUGUUGCUGCUCAACAGGACUGCACUCGUCUCUGCCCUGCCCACCCAGAGCCCCUCUUUGUGCCCUGAUGGUCCCUGUCUCACCCCUGAAAACAUCAGAUGCAGAAAAAGCCCUGGACUUGGAGCUGGGAAGCCUGGGUUCUGGUCCCAUCUCCAUGACUGAUUCACGUGUGACCUCAGACAAGUCACGCCCUCUCUGUGCCUCAGUUUUCUGCAUCUGCCAAAGGGGUUAAACACUUCUGCCCCACUUCAAAUUACAAGAUUAUGGGGAGAACCCAAUUAGGUAGGAAACAUGAAAAACCUUUGAUAUUUAUAAAAUCAUUUUUACGUGCAAAAUAUAACCUUAAUAUUUGAAGUGACCCCCAUUCCCCAAAGCAAUCAAACCGUCAUGACUUUGCAAUUUGGCACAUCCUAGCUUGUUAGAGGGCACUUCCGAAAAACUCGGCCCUGACAGCAAAAUAAAGGUCUGAUAUGUUGGCCCCUUCUAUGGAAACAACGCUGCCAAAUCCUGGAGCAAAACCUGAAGUGUCUUCAUGUGCAUCCUCUGGCAGGCCACAGUCCUUCUGAGCUUGUUAGAUGGUGCAGCAUGCAGACCAGCCUUGUCUCCAAGGUCUCAGCGCUGCGGUCUCACUCCUCCCCUCAUUUAAGAAGACUAUCCUUACCUUUUAGUUUCAGCAGUCCUCACCACCACCAUAUCCCCAGUGCUGGGAUGGCACACAGGUGUCCAUUCAGAUGAGAGUUGGGUCGCCGAGCAUUGGUUACUCCUGCAGAGUGUAAUCAGCACCCCAUCCAACUGGCCCGAAAGCCCAGACCUGCAGCAGAACUCUCCAACUCUAUCAGCUUUCAGGGUUUUCUCUCCCUUUCAGGGUUUUCUCUCCUGGGAAGGGUGUAAAAUCAGCUUGUUGGAUUCUUCUUACAGAGAGUAUCCAAUCGGUAUUGGUGGAGCAGCUCCCUAUUUAUACAAUAGGAGGCAUGGGUGCUUAGAAGGUUUAUUUCAGGAGGAAAAUGGGUUCACACAAAAAGCAAACUACAUUCUGAUCUGCUCAGGGAGAAGCUUGCCUUUGAACUGGAAGAUGUUGGGGUGAGCAGGGAAAGCUUAGACUUUAGAGUCAGGUUUGUGUUCAGAAUCCAGCCCUGCUGGCUACUAACUAACUGGGAGACCUUAGGCAAAGCAUGCAAUCGCUCUGAAUAGCAGUUUCCUCAUUUUUAAACAGGGAUAAUAAAACUAACAUUGCAGGGGAGUUAUAGGGUUAAAUAAGAUCCUGUGUGUAACCCCAAGCAUUGGAUGACUCAUAGAAUGGCCUUUUUUGUCAGCAUAAUCAUCAUCAUUAUUUAGAUACUUUCUUGCUUCACUCACCCAGCAGGUCAGUUUUCUGUGCAAACAAACCUGUUUAGGAUUCUUCCAAAUGUUCUUCCUGGGGUCUUUGAUAUUUGUUACAUCCUGCUGAAGCUCGACUGUGUUUUUAUUUUUUCAUCCAACUUCCAUUUUUCACUUUUUACAUGAUUACUCAAUCCUUGGGGCUGUCCAUGUCAUCUCUUAGAUUUCUUAAAAGACAUUUUAAUGUAUGGUUAGGUUUUAUAUUUUUAUUUUUUAAAAAAGAAAUAGUCAUUGUUUUCCUCCUUUGAACCGAGACUAUUUCUGGAUUGUGUGCUCCUCGUCAGUUGACUUGUUUUGCACACUUUUCUUUACUUCAUGUCCCCAUCAACAACCGUCCUGCUCCCCACCUCCCCCAGGAAAUAAGGGGCCUGCUCCUCUCCUCACUGUGACCCUGGAGGCUCUUAAGAUUUUUUUUUUUUUUUUUUUUUUUGGGCUGAGUUCACGAAUUAGGGGCAGGAGCUGGAAGUCGCCCUAGGAACACCAGAUUUCCUGGUUCUGUUCAAGUUGGCAUUUCUUGUUUGGAAUAAACUAUUUCUUGGACAUUC